GGUUACGGGUUCGCGAUUGCCCGGAUUUGUGAACCUGGUCUUGUUCUGCUAGUAAUUUUUCUCUUAGCGACGUAUUUGUGUCUGCUGAAGUGGCCUUGUAUUUCUGCAGGAAUUCGUAUGCGAUGCUUUUGUGUUGAGAUAGGCACCCACUGAGGCAUCGCAUCGAUUCUUGGGUCAUAUGGGGCCUUCCUUGCCGCAGUAUGGGGCUGACACCUGUGCCCGCCCUUAAGGUGCUCAACAGUACAAAAGCUUCUCCUGUAGACAUUUCACUCUUCAACAAUUUCAAUUCUUCCAUCAUGCAUUGCGAUGAUUGUUCCAGUCGCAGUGGCGGCUUAUGUGGUUGGUUACGCAACUCUUCCUUCUGCCGCACAAAGCAAAGAAGUCGAAGUGUGAGUCAUGACAUUCGCACCACGCCUGGAUCAGUCCCUCCAUGGCGAAAUGGCUUUCUACCACGGUAUCCAUAUCGGGUGCCUGCCUGGGCCGACGCAAGCAGAGUUAUCAUGCCUGCGCUGCCAGCCAGACAACCUGAUCACAAUGUGUGGUCUUAUCCAGCUGGAAAUCUAACCUGGUCUCCACACAUGAAUGGACUGAGCUAUUUACCCGGGACUGUUCCGUGGACUCCUGCAACACUGUUUGCUGUAUCAUGGCCCCAGAUAGUCGAUGAACGCCCGAAGAUUGUACCCUGCCUCGCUACAAAUCCUUUCCAACCAGACAUGCCUCUGCUUCAGUGGGAUAUCCGCCAGAACCCAAUUACAGCUAGGCUAACAACAGGCGCACAUAUUUCCAUGGAUCUGGCACAAGCUCUGAGUUCUGAAGUCACGGAUAUCCCGGUUGGCAUUAUCGAGAUUGCCAUCCCAGCUUGUCCCACGGCGUACAUGUGGGAUGCCAUCAGGGUGCAAAGGACGAGCGCCAUCAAGGUCCAAGACGUUCUCGAUGCCAUCUACAACUGGCUACAGACACCUCUUACUCUAGCUGAGAUGGAGCACAUCGGAUGUGUAUACCCAGACGGUGGCGAUGCAAUUGUGCGGGCUUUACAAGAGAGAGCUUCUGCGAGUCCGACGUUACAUGGCUGGGAACAACGACAAGGACCGCGGCGUAUAGACUGUUUAGGAGAAGUUCGUAGAUGGAUGGGAUUGAGCUACGCUCCUACGGGGCAGGGCAUGCAACUGUUUCUCAACCUUCAAACCGUAUAUCGAUGUUAAUUUUUUAUUGUAUCUUCGCUUGAUACCCCAGUGAUACCCAUGACAACUUUACGAGCUCAGUAAUAUUCUCGUGUUCACGCACUCACGCACCUACUACGUUCUUGAUAUUUAGGUCUAUUUGUUUAUUUGUAUCCUUAAUCGUAACCGAACCGAUAUACUGCCUG